UAUUUUCCCAAGGUAGUUUGGAAUUGAACCAUGAUGUCAACUCUUUGCAUUCUCUUUCUUAUGCUCUUCUCUCUCUCUUUUUUUUUUUUUAUUUGAGACAGAGUCUCACUUUGUCGCCCUCAGAUUGCUGUGGCGUCACAACUCACAGCAACCUCAGACUCUUUGGGCUCAAGCAAUUCUCUUGCCUCAGCCUCCCAAGUGGCUGGGACUAUAGGUGUCUGCCACAAUGCCCAGCUAUUUUUUAGAGACAAGGUCUCGCACUGGCUCUGGCUCAGGCUGGUCUUGAACUCAUGAGCUCAGGCAGUCCACCACCUUGGCCUCCCAGAGUGCUAGGAUUACAAGCAGCCUCUUAUGAACUUCUCUUAUGCUCUCCUCCUUCACUCAGCCCUUGUAACAUUCACCUGUCAUGAUCCAGUCACCACAAACUCCUAAGAGAUAAGUUGGCAGAGUCUUAUUCUGAAGUAGAAAUUUUAUCCUGAGAGAUACCAACCCUUUAACAUUUCUUCCUCCCCUUUAACAUUUCUCAUGACUCCAUGGAAUGCUUUCUAAAUUUUUAUAUAUCCCUGGCAAUAUGGAUGCGUAGUUUUCUAAAUGCAGGAUUUGCCUCUAAAAUGUUCUUUAAUAUUUCAUUGACUAUAAGUCCAUCAGACUCCACCAUUUAUGUUUCUAUAUAUAAAGACUCUCCCAGAUGGUUAAAGCCAGGGGGCAGAUUUCUGUCAUAGAGAAGAAAUAGAGCAGCAAGGACAAAACAGCAACAGGCCAGGUGCUGCCUAAAUAAACAGUAGCAUUGUGCAGUCAUAACCUCGCUUUGUCACUAAGCAACAAGAAGUUAACCUCUGGAGAUUCUUUUUCCUCAAACAUAAUCUCAAAAAGAGAAGAGGAAAGUUUACCUUUUCCACUCCCUUCCUGGAAAGAUGCAAAGUGCUUUAGUAGGCUCCUGGCACAACAGUGGCUUCUAUGGGCACUACAGAAGCCAAUUCAAGAGUGAAAGUGCUGGAGAAUACCGCCUUGCAGCCAAACCUCAGCCUCCAGCAGUGUUCCUGCAGCGAUGUCAGGAGCCAGCACAGCAACACUUCUUCUCCAAGCAUGACAACCGCACUUCCUUCGACAAAGGCCCCUACUGCCUGCUGCAGGGAAUUGGAAGGCGGAAAGACCUGGAACGUUUGUGGCAGCGACAUACCUUCCUGCGCUGGGCACCCUGUGAGAAGGAGUUUCGUCGGCAAGGGCCCUUGGAAUCUUCCUACCAGGCUGAUUUCCGGCCAGGCUCAGGACUGACUGGCCUCCCCCAGCGCCUCGUCCACUUUGUGCAGGUUCAGCCUCCCCGUGCCAGCACCACGUACCAGCAGAACUUCUGCCAACCAUCCCGGGGUGGCCACUGCGGUAGUGACAAGGUAGGGCCCCAGGCACCGGUCACAGACACAUUGCCUGAUCUCCCAGGGAUCUCAAGACCCAAGCUGCUGCAGCACUACCUUCAUGCUGGGGUCUCUGAGUGUCUAAACUGGUCCAGAACAUUAAACAGGGACAGCUGACACAGCAGCCUAUCUACACUUGCAGAGGUCUCAGAAGCUGGAGAGCAGUUGCGUGUUGCCAGGCCCUGUGCCUGGCUACCAUGGCACUUGUGCCUGUGGUGUCUAUGUGCUGGCAUGGGAGAUGCUGUCCUGGGAGUCCUGACACUGAAUGAGAAAGGAUAAGAACUGCAGGAGGCUAAGAGUCCCAGAGAGUUUCCAUGGCCACAGCAGAUGGAUUACAGGGUCCCAAAUACGUCUCUGUUCUUGUAGCAAACCCAGCUAUGAGCUCCUUGUACUCAGUGUAGCUGCAGCGAAAGCAGAGCCAAAAGCCCUUUGUAGUGGGCAACAAAGGCUGGAAGAGGACAAGGGUUGGCAGUUUCCUUCAGGAAGCUGCUUUCCUCAAGGGGUUUGGUGGGUGGUCACACAGUCCUGCUCAAGAGAUGGCUGCUCCAGGUAGACAGCAGGAGGCUUCCUUACCCAUAGCAUCCACUGUAUCACCCCUCCCUAUGAGGAUGAGCAGAGACCUUGAGGAGACACUGUGUGACUCACACCUAGAAACUAUCCUAACACCGUGGUUGUUGUUUUUGUUGCUGUUAUUUUCUUAACACUUCUUUAGUUAUCCCUAUUAGUGUCCCCUAACACUCAAGACAAUAGGGAAGGGCUGUCAUCUCAUCAUCUCAUGUCACCAAAGAAAAAUCUGAUGCUUAGAUGGGGCUAAGA